UUCACUGGGUAACUAUUCGAGCUGUCAGUUUAGUGAUUCCAUCCACUUGACAAACUCCUGGGAUUUUUUUUUAUUAAAAAAUUGAUAAGUUGAAAGAAUUUCUUUUGCUGUAAAUAUUGACUUCUGUAGCUGAGAACAGAUGGUUGGAUACUGCAUCCAGGACAUUGGGAUUUGGUAGCCUCGAGGCAUUUGCAUUCCACUUUUAGAGUCAACUCAUGAAUACGUGACUUUUAGGGAUAGACAAUGACUUCAGAUGAAAAAUCUUUAUCAUCGCCAGGAAAGCCAGCUGAUGAGAUCAGAAUUUGUGGCAUCGAGGGGGGGAGCACACAUUCGUUACUGAUUGUAAUGGAUGGCAAUGGCAAGCAAUUACUGCAGAUACCGGGACCCGGUACAAAUCAUUGGGGGAUGCCAAUAGAGGUGGUUACAUCGAGAAUUAAUGGGAUGAUAGAGGAAUCGAAAACGGCCCUGGGGAUUCCGCUAUCACAGCCCAUGGAUUGCGCUGGUUUGUGCUUGAGUGGCUGCGAAGAAGAUGAGAGUAAUCAGAGACUCGUGGAUAUGCUUUCGAAAGAAUAUCCAAAUGCGAGUAAAGAGUACUUCAUAGGUAGCGAUACGGUGGGAAGCCUCAAAACUGGAUCGCCCACUGGAGGAAUUGUUUUAAUAAGUGGAACUGGAAGUAAUGCUAUCCUCGUUAAUUCUGAUGGGGGUAGUCACAGUUGUGGGGGCUGGGGACACAUGAUGGGGGAUGAGGGUGGAGCUUUUUGGAUUGCUCACAAGGCUGCCAAGUACGUAUUUGAUGAUCUGGAUGGCCUUCAGAAAGCUCCACAUCCCAUUAGCUUUGUUUGGCCGGCUAUGAGGGCGUUUUUCCAUGUGCCGAACAGAAAAGCAAUGCUCCCUCAUUUGUAUAGUAAUUUCAACAAGAGCAAAUUCGCUCUCUUUACGAAGGAAUUGGCUACUCACUUGAAGACCAGUGAUGAUCCUCUGUGUUUAUCGCUGUUUACAUCAGCUGGACAAAAUCUCGCGAAGCAUGUGAACGCACUGGCUCCAAAUGCCCACAACGAUUUAAAGUUUGGAGGAGGUGGCAUUAAAGUUAUCUGCGUGGGUUCAGUCUGGAAAUCCUGGGAAUACAUGAAAAAAGGUUUCCACGACGAAAUUCAAGAGGCAAAACUUGUCGACGAACUGACUCUGACGAAAUUAACAGUGCCUUCUGCCAUUGGCGCCUGCUAUGCUGCUGCUGAGAAAAUUAAAUGCGAUACCUUGGAAAAGCUCUACGACCAACACACAGAGGCUUUUUUCCACUAUAAACGUGAAAAUAUUCCAACUGGUACCGUGUGAGCUUAUGAUGCUGCUUCAAUUAUUUCUGACUUGUAGAAAUAAUGAUUGAGACAAAAUACCUCGAAGAUUCUAAAUUGAAUUCCUAUUUACAAUAUUUUUAUAUUCCUCAUAAAUAAAAGCACUGAUAUUUUCCA